ACGUGCAGUACGCGCCUUUAGUCAUGAUUCCAGAAAUUUCUAUUCGCUUCUCAGAUAUUUUAAUAGUUGCAACAGCGGGAUUUUUGAUAUCAUGCUUGGUUCGGAUUUAUCAACAAAAAUUGAUUAAAUUUUUUAAACUGGCUCUUAUUUUACCAGGACCUCGAGCUUAUCCUUUAAUUGGAAAUGCUCUCGAAUUUGCCUGUGAACCAAAGGAUGUAUUAAAUCGUAUUACCAAAAUUGUUAUACCUUAUAUUAAUUCGAGCCCGAUGAGAAUAUGGAUGGGACCAAUAUUUGUUGUGGUUAUCACAAAGCCUCGAGAUAUUGAGAUCAUAUUAAAUAGCCAGCAGGCGAUUAAUAAAGGAUUCCAUUAUAAAUUUCUAAAACCAUUCAUUGGAGACGGCCUCAUCAGUGGAUCGGGUCCAAUGUGGAAGAAGCAUCGAAAAAUGGUAUCACACAUAAUGACCCAAAAAGUCCUGGAUGGAUUUUUGGAAGUUUUUGAUCGACAUAGUCAGAAUUUAAUAGAAAAAUUAAAAUUUGAAUCAGACGGAAAAAUUAUUGAUAUUAUGGGACCUAUUGAAGAAUGCACUGUCGAUCUUGUCUGCGAAAGUGUGAUGGGAUGUUCUGAGAUUAACUCAUUCAUCGAUUCUGAUCAAAACUUUAUACAUUAUUCUGCCGAAAUGUACAGAGUUGUUCACGAUCGAAUGAUGAAAAUCUGGCUCUAUCCUGACUGGAUUUAUAAAUUAACAGAAAAUUAUAAAAUACAUGCUAGAGGCCAGAAAGUCCUCGAAAAUUUUGUGAACAAAUGCAUAGCGGAAAUGAAGAAAAAGAAAAAACUCGGAAAAUCUGAAAAUGUUAAAUCCAUUUUGGAGCGACUUUUGGAUAAUAUAGAAAAUUCUGGAAUACAAAUUAGCGAUGAAGAACUUAAGGAUGAGAUGAUCACACUUUACUUGGCGGCACAAGAUACUUUGGCUGUAAUAAGCAGUUUUGCUAUUUUAAUGUUAGGAAUUCAUGAAGAAAUUCAGGAAGAAGCUAGAAAAGAAGUUGAGAAAAUUCUUGGCAAUGAUCGAAUUACUUCUGAAAAUAUUUCUGAAUUAAAAGUCGUGGAAAAAAUUAUUAAGGAAACUUUGAGACUUUUUCCGAUUGCUCCUAUUAUGGGGAGGACUUCCACGGGCGAAAUAAAAUUGGAUUCUUGUACGAUACCAGAGAAUUGUCAAGUAAUUUUAGUUCCUUUUAUGACUCAUAGAAAUUCGAAAUAUUGGGAGGAACCAGAGAAAUUUAAUCCGGAGAGAUUUACCUCUGAAGCAAUUGCAAAAAGAGAACCAUUUUCUUUUAUCCCGUUUAGCGCUGGCCCCAUGGGUUGCAUUGGGCAAAGAUACGCGAUGAUGAGUUUGAAGGCGAUAAUUUCGAAUAUGGUGCGAAAUUUUAAAAUCAGUUCUGAACUUGAAAUGAAAGAUAUAAAAUUAAAAACUGACAUUUCUGUUCGAUCUGUAAAUGGUUACAAAGUCUUUUUAAAAAGCAAUUAAAAUUAUUUUCACACAGAGGCUUAAA